AUGCUAGCGGACACCGACAAGGACUUGAUCGUCGCUUGGGCGCGAUCCCAUCGUGAUAUCGAGGCCGUCUGGCUCUUCGGGAGCCGGGCGCGGGGUGACAGUCGGCCGAACAGUGAUAUCGACCUUGCAGUGAUGACGCCGACAGAGCUCGAUUGGAUCGACAAUCAACGGCAGUACCGAGACGAGCUGCUGGCACUGUCACAAAAAGCGGACCUAAACUGGUACCGCCCCAAUGGCGACGUGCCAACGGUUGCCAAGGCCGUUAGCGACCAUGGGCUGUUGCUCUAUCGCCGCUAG